CAAAAAGCCCACUCGAAAAUCCUCCGCCUCCAGAAAGCUUCAAUCUCGACCGCCGGAGAGAGCAAUGGGGAGCGCCGCGCCGCCCGCUCAGAUCCCGACGAGCUUCGGCCACGAGCUCAGAGCCUGCCUCCGUUGCCGUCUCGUCAAGACCUACGAUCAGUUCAGAGACUCGGGCUGCGAGAACUGCGCCUUCUUCAAGAUGGACGAAGACCACGAGCGCAUCGUCGAGUGCACCACUCCCAAUUUCAACGGGAUAAUCUCUGUCAUGGAUCCUAGUAGGAGCUGGGCUGCUCGGUGGCUUAGAAUCGGAAAAUUUGUUCCUGGUGUCUACACACUUGCAGUCUCAGAAGCACUACCUGAGGACCUGCAGAAUUUAUGUGAAGAUGAACGUGUGCAGUAUGUGCCUCCAAAACGCAUAUGAUUUUUUAGUUGAGGGUUAUGUUUGGAUAUCUGCCACACUUGUAGGAUCAUUACUUACCAGAUGUAGUAUAGGAAGUGUUCCAAGUCCUUGAUCUUCAGGGUAAUCGAUCCUUUGGGAAAUGAACGAUGAAAUGUAUGAUCAGAGAUUCUGAAAAUGCAAGCAUGAACUUUUGAAAGCA